CUCGAGCAAUAUAUAUGCCUUCGUUGACUGUCACCUGGAUUCCAGCCUAUCCAACCCGUGACAUUCAACUCCAGGCGUAGCUAUCGAGGCUUCUAAGCCGUUCCGCCUUGAAGGAGGAAGGUUGGCAGGUGAGUCUCGCUUGCCGUGAAUUCCCAUGACAUCAUUCUAUGGCUACUACGAGAUAUGCUGCAGAAAUGAGCCCAGCUAUCUGACCGUUACCAGCGCAGGUUCAAAGCAAGUGUUUCCUCUCUGGAACUGACAACUCGGAACGCAUGACCACUGGUCUCUGAAAUUGCAAUUGUUUCUCUAGUGCCCAUCGGAGUGAAUGUCACGUAGCUCUUCUGUAAUCGGAGAAGAAGCGGAAACAUUUACAUUUCAUCUGACUCCCGACGCUUUUUUGUUCCUACUUGGCCUGAGAAGACUCUGAGCUGUAGCGCUGCUCUUUCAUCGAUCAAUUCAAAGGCGAGGAAGGAGAAUUAUUAGUUCGAGGCAUUGUGACUUUUCUGCUAUGGAGGUUUCGGUAUCUGACGAUGAUAGUCAGUGGGUGAGGGUGGAGAAGAAUUUGGCGUCAGCCGAAGAUGGGGACGGCGAUCUGCUGAAGGUCGAGUUCUUCGAACCUGCGACGUUCUGGACUGAAGCUUUGCCUCUGGGCAAUGGAAAACUGGGAGCGAUGGUGUUUGGAGGCAUCCCGCUUGAUCUCAUCAUGCUCAAUGAUGACACAUUGUACACAGGUGGUCCGAAAGACUGGAACAACCCUAGGGCGAGGGAUUUAUUACCUAAAGUCCGAGAAGCAGUACGUGAGGGCAAGUUUUCUGAUGCUACCAACUUAGCGUCGCAAAUGCUCGGCCCCUACUGUCAGUUGUACCAACCACUGGGGGCUAUAGAGCUCGAAUUGGACGAUUCACACCAGCGCUUUGAUCCUGACAGCUAUCACAGGCAGCUGGAUCUAGAUACCGCAACCGUGUCGGUCACGUACACGGUUGAGGAUGUCACCUAUACUCGAGAAUAUUUCACGUCUAAUCCACAGCAGGUCCUUGCUGUUAGACUUUCUGCUGAUAAGGCCAAUUCUGUAUCUUUUGCGGUAACCUUGUUAAGCCCCUUGCAAGAAGGCCCUUCGCAAACCACCGCAAAUCAAAUACUGGUGAGAGGGAGGGCUCCUGGAGAUGUGGUGGACUCUUCCGUCACUGGACACGGGAUGGCGUUUGCAGUUGCGCUUGAAGUUCGAGUUGGUGGUGAAAGUGGAGUUCUCGAAGCCGUCGAUGGUCAGAUUCUGCGCGUCCAAAAUGCUGAUUGGGCUUUGAUUUUACUAUCGACUUCUACUUCUUUUGACGGACCUUUCAGAAGCCCUCUUCUGGCUGAUAAAGAUCCAUCUCAGCAAGCGAUUGCUGCACUUAAAGGGACUGAAGGUCUGGCAUUUGAUGCUCUUCUGAAAUCCCAUUUGAAUGAUUAUCAACCAAUGUUUCGGAGGUUGAAACUUCGUCUUGCAAAAUCCGAAAUUGACGUUCUCCAAACAGAAGAAUUUGCUGAGAAUACUGUGAAUACCGCAACUGGAAGGAGUUCUCCGCGUGCGGAUGUAGAGCAGGCACGUAUUCAGGAUAGUCAAGAGGUUACUAGAAAAGGUGAUGCCAAAAUUUCAACCCGAGAUCGAUUGGAAGGGUUUGCGGAGGAUCAGGAUCCUCGGAUGGUCACGUUACUUUUCCAGUACGGACGAUAUCUCAUGCUAGCAAGCUCACGACCUGGGACCAUGGUUUCAAAUCUGCAGGGAAUAUGGAACAAGGAUUUGAGUCCUGCUUGGAGGUGUGUACCACAUAUAAAUAUCAAUUUACCGAUGAAUUACUGGCCUGCAGAAACUUGCAAUUUGUCCGAGUGUCAUGGCCCUCUUUUUGAUAUAGUUGACACAAUGACAAUAAAUGGUCGGAUAACUGCCAAAGUGAAUUACGGGCUUGAAGGAUGGGUUGGACAUCAUAACGUUGACAUUUGGGGGCAAACUGCACCUGUUGGAGGUGAUCCAGUCUGGGCUCUUUGGCCCAUGGGUGGAGCGUGGCUAAGCCUCCACUUGUGGGAACACUACUGCUUUACUCUUGACAAGACUUUUCUCAGUGAUCGAGCCUAUCCCGUUUUGAAAGGAUGCGCUCAAUUCUUGCUAGGGUGGCUUAUCGAGGACAGCAACGGGAAUCUUAUCACAAAUCCCUCAACUUCGCCCGAGCAUUAUUUCGUUUCUCCCGACACAGGGAACUGGGCUUCCGUGGCUUAUGCAUCCGCUAUGGACCUGGCCAUCAUAAGAGAACUGUUCGAAUCACUGGUUCAAGCGAAUCAGAUAUUAGGAGACAAAGAUGUGGAGUUUGUCAGCAAGAUCAAAAUUACCCUUGACCGACUUGGGCCAGUGAAGCUCGCGCAUGAUGGUUGUCUCUUGGAAUGGGGCCAAGACUUUGAAGACCCGGAGGUGAAUCAUAGACACAUGUCCCACUUGUUUGGUCUCUUCCCCGGCCAUACCAUUACACAUCUCAAAACCCCAGAGUUAUGUCAUGCUGCCAAGAAAAGUAUGCUUAAACGAGGAGAAAUUGGUCCAGGUUGGUCUAUGGCAUGGAAGAAUGCCUUGUGGGCUCGUCUUCGGAAUGAAGAGCAUGCUUACAGAAUGGUGGUCAGAAUGUUCCGAUUAAUUGGGCCGCAGGAGACAACGGAACGAUAUGACGGAGGCGGGUUGUAUUGUAACCUUUUCAAUGCGCAUCCUCCCUUCCAGAUUGAUGGAAACUUUGGGUUUACAGGUGCCAUUGCAGAAAUGUUGCUUCAGUCAGAUGGCGAAUCUUUGUAUUUAUUGCCAGCUUUGCCGAAAACGGCAUGGCCCUUUGGGAAGGUGGAAGGACUACGAGGAAGGGGAGCCGCAACAGUCUCGAUGGUCUGGGAACAUGGUGUACUCGUGGAGUUCAGUAUUGAUGUCGAUGUCAAGUCUCCUGCUUUGAAAACUGUCCAUUACCAGGAACGCACAGUCAAUAUAUCUGAGGUCCUUCCAAGCCAUGUGUAUACAUACAAUAAGGACUUGAAGCUUCAACAUUCAAGACUCAAAGUCAAUGGAUUUCUACGCAGUGAUGGCAACAGGUGCAGACUUUUUUAAAUUUAUUAUUGUAUUAUCCCUAGUUUCUGGACUGGACAUGUCACACUGCACUCAGCUGCUACUUUUUCCUCCCACUUGGUUAACUUGUUAUAAUUAUAGGGCUAUGACAUCAGUUAGAAGGAAGCUUAAACAGCCACUGAAAGAAACUCUCUUUUCCAAGAUGCAAAGGCAGGAGAAAAACAGGGUCAUCACGUAGGCGUACGGAUCUGGAUGUGGGAAUAUCUAGAGCAAAGGUUUCAAAAUCUUGACAAUCAGAUGUAGAAAUAUUGUGAUAAUUGAGGACUGAAGUAAGUCACAUUCUGCUUCAGAUCUGUUGUACACUUCUGUAAAUUCGAUGUAAAUUGUAGGAGUUGUUACAUUAAUGAUUAUUUGCAGACAAGCUUGAAGCUAUUUCGACCAAGCUGAUUUG